GCCAGAGUUGGUGGCACAUUUUGACAGCUUACGUUGUGAGAAUGCUUAUGUUUAUGCACUGAAAACACCAAGAAGUAAAUGGAAGAUGGAAAAAUCAGUACCAAUACCAAAUGACAAAGACUUGGUUGAGCUUGCUAACGGUCUUCUCCGACAGUUCCACGAUGGAAUCCGUCUUCAGUGUGUCGAUGAUAUUAGUGCAGCUUUCUUCGUCAUGGUGUUCGAAGGAUUGUUCAGUGAACCAUUGAAAACCAUCAUACGGAAACCGAUUACCAGAGAAGAUGAAAUCCACAAUGCCCAGGUUGUGAUUGACACACUGGCAACGGACGUAAUCCACGACCAGCUACCUCACAUCCGAGGGCUCGACAUUGUCAAGGGAAACAGAGUCACAAUUUCAAACCUGCUGGAGAUCUUUCAGGGUCUCUCGGAAUACUUGCUGCAGGACAUUGAGGUCGAACUUUCAUCUGACAACAGAGAUUUUCAAGUUGAAAGGUCAGUUGUUCAAGAUGACCGAAACUCUGUCAGAUCCCCACUCAUAGAUGAGGAAAUUCUCCGACGAGAACUGCGGUGGGACGAAGAGCCAGUAGCCGGAUAUCAGAUUCGACGUAGAGAUGACACCAGCAAGGGAGAUAAUUUGAAUCACCAUGCAGGACGGUCUCGAAAAGAGGCAUGGGCACCCACAAACGGCGUUAAAGAUGUCGUAAUACAAGAUGUCGUAAUACAAUCUAGUGCUGCAGACAGGCAAACAGACCAGGGUCCUAUACAGUCCCACAGACCUCUAUCUACUGACAACAGAGUUCCAGACAGAUUAACAGAGCUGGACAAACUCAGUCAGGAGGCUGAAGUUCAAAAACGUCAGUUGGAAAAAGACGAAAAUGUGAAUAAUGAUAGUACUGACAGACACUUGCUGACAAUGAAUGAUCUGUCCGACAGUCAGCAGCCUCGCUCUGCUCGAUUCAACCACGUUGGUGUACGUCCUGCCGUGGAUCCACAAGUGCACAUGGUCACUCAGGGCAAUGCAGAUCUGCCAGGCCAGGAUAGACGAGCGCCUAACGUGCACAGCGGGUUAGUGUCAAGUGCAGCAUCUGUGUCCAUGCUUAGUGGACAAACACAUACCAAGAUCACGUCCACAACAGCGCCAUCUACCGUUACCUCGACAACACAGCCCAUUACAGUCACAUCAUCAGAUGGGAAUAGUAGCGGUUUUUCUGCCUCACUUCCUCUUCCCAGUAAAAGACAGGAAAAUAUUAACGAAAGCUGUCGGUUCCGUGCAACGAUCGGUGGUCCAUCUUCCGCAAAGGUUUCUUCCAGUUACACCGAAAAACAUGGAUACCUUUCCCAGAAACCUCCCCAUCAUAGACCGAGACCUGUUCCCAACAUUGACAGAGCACCCACUGAACAGUCCGAGCCUCGGUCACAGCUGACUGGAGAAGCGAUGUCCCCGAGUUUAGCAAGAGAUCGUCCGUCUGCUCACAGGCUGAACUCUCCAACGACUGAACAGAGCAGAGUGCAAGCAGAGAGACCGUAUGAAUAUUCUAGGAGAAUAAAAGGCCUGUCUUCCUCUUACGACAACCUCCAAAAUCUGGUUAGCCAGACGGCAGCUCUUGUGAGGCAUGCAGUUGCAACCAGUCCAAUCCGGUUGCGGGCAGAAAGGGAAACUGAUCUGAUAGCAAGUCCCUUCAAUACACAGGUGGGAAGAAACGCUGAUAUUCAUUACAGAUCCCGUUUAGGUGGCGUCCUGUCUGCAGAAGAGGGUGACCUAGCCAGUGAUCUCAACAUCCCAUCUCAUCUACAAACUAGACACGCUGAUCUCACAUCACUGUCAUCUCCGGGACGUGGUGUUCGGAAAGUUUCAUUUUUAGACAAUCGGUCAACAUCGAGUGGCGGAGAUCGUAGCAGAAGUUUUCACACUUCAAAGGAAACAAGCCCCAUCAGAGUUAAUGUUCAAAAGAAAAAAACCCGUCCAAAGUCCGCUAGUGCAGCUAGACAUGGCAUCUAUACAGAACGAGACAAUCUCAGUGACAGUGAAACAGAUAGUCCAAAUCCUGUCUACAGAAGACGACCUCAUGAGGAGGUGAUUGAAGAUGUCCUCAGCAGUGAUACUGAACAGAAUCGGUACACGUCCGAUGUUAGACGCAGGACUCGAGCCAAGCCAGGAGUAACUGGCCAGAGACGAGCCAGUCGCAACAAGCAAGUCAACUUCACAGAAUCCACAAAGAAACCAGUUUCCAGUGGAGUGCUUGCAGAGACCCGGCGAUUCUUGAACAAAGAGAAUAUUGCUCAUUCAAAGAAAACAAAGUAUCUACGGGAUAUUUAUUCUGAAGAUUAUACUGACUUUUUUGAUGAGGCAUUUGAAGAGUUGGGCAAAACAAGGGCAACAACUAAAGAGACGGAAGCUCAGUACAAGAAGAAAGUUCUUUCUGGUGGCAAAACUACAAGACACAAAAAUGUCUUAAAACCUAAAGGACGAGUCAAGCCAUUGGGUGUUAUUCCAGUGAUUAAGAAGAGUCGAGUGACAAAACCGACCGUAUGCACGAAGGUGAGGAAACACAGUGCCAGUUCUGGAGGACCGCCUCAACGCAGAGGAUCAUUGACAGUUGACGAUGAAGAAGAUCUGCUUCCUUUACUCCUGGAAGAGUUUCCCUAUCUGUAUCUGUCAGAGAGCACAUGGCACGAGUUGUGGCGGCAAGGAAUCUCUCAGAUAGACAGACUGACGAGAGCCUAUGAAGAGAAGAGGAGAAGGAAAAGCAAAGCUCAAGAACAGAUGGAAGAGGCAGAAAAGAAACAUACGGUUCUGACAAACAUAGUGAAAAAACAGAUAGAACACACAAGGAGAUUGAGAGAAAUAAAAGAUCGUCAAAAACAGCAAAUUGCAUUCCGGAAUAAAGUACACGAAAAGCGAAUCCAGUCAUCUCGAGCAAGGCGCUACUACGAUGAAUACCAAGUGAGAAUGAGAGCGAAAAUGCUGAAGAGGCGAACCAGAGAAGAAAUGAUUUUCAAGAACCUGUUCAAAGAAGGACUGGAUAUUCAGAAAGAUCGAAUCAAAGAGAUCCGACAGUAUGCCAGGGAAAAGAGAAGAACUGAUGCUGAAAAACGCCAGAAUGAGAUAGACUCGCUUGAAAACUACUAUCGUGAUCAGUUUGAAAUGCUGGCUGAGAAAGUGGCUCAAGAAAGAAAAGAUUUGGUUGUCCGAGACACUGCCCAACAGAAGGUUCUGGACCAGAUGAAGAAGGAACUGCGUAAGAAGAUGGAGAAGGAGAUUCAGAAUUUCCAGGACCAGCUGUUCCGCGAUGAGGAUGACGCAUAUUUCAGACAGCUCGAUGCAGACAGACUCAAACACGAGCUUCACAUGGCCAAAUACCAGACCAAGAUUUAAGACACACGUUUAGUGUAGCCAGAUGAUGAAAGUCCAACAGUAGUUGUCUAUUGAUCUAUAACCUAACCUCUUUGUGUGCGCAGUUCCCUAUUACAGACUCCAUGAGCGAAGGAUGUGCGCAGUUUCCUAUUUAUUACAGACUCCAUGAGUGAAGGAUAACAUAGAAAGGUGUUCACGUGACUGGCAGGGUUAGCUCUGGGUGCGAAGAAACUUUCGGCAAAUUAUACCUUAAACUUACAAAAAUAACAGAAAUCCAGUUAAUUUCUAGCAAAAUAUUAAUUAUUACCUGAAAUUAUUUAUUUCGCCAAAGUGGAAUAAAAUUCACCAAUUGUUUUUAAAAUUCACAAUUGGCGAAUUUGGCAAGUGCUGGAAAUGUGUUACUCAUGACACAAGAGUAGAUUUUAGCUAUCAUUGGCUUUUGGGACAUUUGGACUAGUCCAUUGUAAUGGGGAAAUGCACAUAGGUAGAGGUCAGGUGAAGUACGUGUAUUCAUAAAAAUGAAAACAAGGUUUUCUUCAUAUUUAUUAUUUCAUUCAAUGUAACAUUUGAUCUUGGCAAGGAAGCCAACCAGUAUAAAGAGAAUUUGUCACGAGUGUCUGCUUGAGAUGAAGAAAUCCCAACCUCAAAGAUGCACAACUGUUGUCUGAAAUAAACCUUGGCAUGUGUCAAACGAAAUAUUUCCUUGUUGCCAACAAGUGAUUUAUUUUACUUGCUACUCAGUUAAAAAAAAGAAGAAAUAUCAUACUAAGCACAAAACUUUUGAAUUGAUUUGUUGAACAAAGCUUGUGGUACCUCUCAUCUCAAAACUUGUAUGUGGUUUGCAGCAAUGCAUUGUUCCCCGGCAUGAUCAGCUAAGCAUUGGUGCCAGCGUAUAUAUUUGUAUGUUGAUUAAUGUUAGGUUAAACAUAAUUUAAAAUUGCACAAACCUUGAGUUAAAAUUCUAUGGGUUAAAAGGUUUUUCAAAACAUUUGAUAAAAUGUCAGAUAAAACUUUGAUGAAGUAUGAUGUAAAUCAAGUAUUAAAGUUACUAAAAUAUUUUGUUACACUUUAGUUAGAUAUUUAGAAGAGCAGAGAUAAGGGGUUCCCCUCCCCAAAGACAUUUUUAGUAUGGUCAAAUGGAAGAUUUUGUAUGUAUUAUAUUUGGUAUUUUUACAUAUUACUUCAUACUUUAUGAACUGAAUGGGUUGUAGAGAUAUUGUAUACUACUAGUCAGAAGAAGUUAAGGGCCACAUGGACACUGUGUCUGAGAGGGGUAGCCCAUUCACUGUGCCAGUCACUUGGAAACACUCUUACAGUUAAAUGGAUGACGGAAUGGCUCACAUGCAGGCAUCUUGCUACUUGUCUCGUGGAUUUGCUAUCAUUCAGACAUGACAGGGCUCGACUACAGUCCAGAAUGCUGUUUACAUUUUGGUGGUAUAGUUAUCCAAAGCCAAAUUGCAAAACAAUUUAUACCCUUCCAACCCUAAUCAAACAUGAAAAGUGUUAAUAUAAAAAAAGGAAUUUCACGUGCACCAUGCAGUUUUCAGGCAGGUGCGCUGCUUAGUACCCUCUCCCCCCCCCCCCAAACAAGAAAGAAAAGAGUUUUAAAAAGUCAAACAACCAAACAAACUACGAGUAAAAGACUCAUGUACAUGCAAUCUGAAAUGUUUUAUAAAAGUCUGUAACUUACUUUUGAUUAUCUAUCACCGUCUCUGAAUAUUUUAUUAUUUUUUUAAAAAGUAAGGUAAAAUGUCAUACUGGCCCUUAACUUGUUGUGACUAGUAUAUUUCUUAAUUCUUAUAUUUACAAUUAUCACAUCUUAAGUUUUGAUUUCACCCCAAAUUAUCGAGUUAUUCACAGCUAUGUCGAAACCAUUAAAUUAUUUUUAAUUCUUACCUAAGUGUUGAUGUAUGCAAUUUGUAAUUUAUUUUUUCACAUCUUAUCUAAAUUCUUUGUAAAGUAAACAAUAAUAUUUUAAAUACAAAUUUAAUGUAUACAUGUAUUAUAGUUAUGUUGUAAAAACUAUACCAUGUAUGGUAACAUAUAUACACAUUUAUUUAUAUAUGCCAUUUUUCAUUUGUGUUAAUCUGUGAUAGCUUGUGAUGUACAUAUUUAAUCCGUCCAAUGCUGAUAUUAUUCGAUGAAUAAAUUUAUUUAUUUUACAUAAACUAGUGAAACCCCUUAAAGUGGACACCCAUGGGAAAAAAAAGACUGGUUUUAAGGGAUAAAACGUUUAGAGAGAUUUUGUCCUAUGAUAUAUAAAAAGGGACUGGGAAAACAUCCGGUUUUGAUGGAAAUCUGGUUUACUGAGGGUCCAGAUUUGAGAGGUUUCUCUAUGAAUUUUGUAAAAAUGUUUCUAUGCAAGUAAGCAUUAUUACUAUUGAUUUUGUUUAGUUUAACUUUCCAGGUGUAUUGUAACACCUGGAAAUCAUUUUUUGAAUACAAUAAUGUUUCAGAGAGUGUCUGAGCAAUGGGAGAUUGUAUGAUCGGGUAACCAGUACAGCCAAUAUGUUUUGAACAUUCCAGAUAGUACACCACAUAUGGUGAACAUAAAUAACCAUAUGACUGCAUUGAAGUGCCUGUAAAUAAGUCAUUUACUCUCAGAAAAAUAAAAUAUAAUAAGGCAGCAUCUAUUUUUUCUCUCUCUCCAUCUCUUUCUUGCUCUUUCUCUCCCUCUCUCUCUCUCUCUCUCUCUCUCAUACUCCAGAUUCUCUGUUGACACCAAAUUUCUGAUGAAUUGGUAGAAAAAUACAGGCAUGUCACUAACAUAGGCGUACAGUGUUUAUUAGUGCUAGGAACAUCUUGUUUUCAUCAGAAAGAUUAUCUCAUGGUAUGUAAUCUUCAAUUUCACCAUAUUGGUGGAAGUGCUAAUUUCCAUACCCAGUCUUCAGUGCCUGUGAUCAUUAACUAUUAUUUUUCUUUCUUUAGAUCAAUCUUUAAUUUUAUAGAUAUAAUUCACAAAUCUAGAACUGUUUUGAGGACUCGUGAAAAUCGGUCUCUCUCUCUCUCUCUCUCUCUCUCUCUCUCUCUCUCUUCUGUUUUCAAUAAAAGACUUCUAUUUAACAUUAAUUAAUUAUUUGAACCAACAAAAAAUAUUAACUUGCAAAAACAGAUGUUUGAAACACAAUAAUGGAUCCACUUAAAUUGUUCAUCUCUCAUUGUCAACAGUUUUGUACUAUUAGGCAUCAAUAAUAAAAUUUAUAUUGUA